AUGCUGCAUAACAGACCUCACUCGGGGCAGGAGGGGUCCCCGGGGCUCCUCCCCGCCACUCGGCGGGGCCCCAUGGGGCCAGGUGCUGAGGGGAACCCUCUGCCCCCACCCACCACUUGCUUCCCUCUCCCCCCCUGGGGGACCCCAGGUUGGGCGCUGGCCCAUUCACAAAUACCUCGUCGGAGAGGGGGGAUGGGGUUUCGCUGUUUCUUGACCGGGAACUGGAGGCAGACUCACGUCCCGCUAGGCGCCCUUCCCAGGAAGGGGGCGCGCGAUCGCACUCCUGUGCUGGCCACCGCCGCUGUCAGGCACCACACUGCCCUCACCUCCCUCCAGAGUCUGGAUAAUUCAGGUCAGAGCUGCGGGUGCAGAGCCCUCCAGUGUCAUAAAGCUGGUCACUGA